GCUGGGGGCUCAAGGCAGCAUGGGAACAGAGUGGGGCCUGACUUUUGUUCACCCGACGCUCUUCUGUUUCUGCUUCCUUCCAGUGGGGAGCUGGCCUGAACCUUGGACCUUGUCUUCAACAGAAUCGGUGUCUCAGCCCCGGCAGGAGGUGCUCGCUGAUCAUGGCCUCCAAGCCCGAGAAGAGAGUGGCCUCUUCUGUUUUUAUCACCCUGGCACCCCCACGCCGUGACGUGGCUGUGACUGAGGAAGUGGGCCAGGCAGCUUGUGAAGCCCGACACGCCCGGCCCUGGGAGACCCUCGCUCCCACGAAGACCCCUGGGACUGGCUUGAGCAGGAACCCCAACACCUGGACACCCUCUGGCAGGACCACUGCCUCGCUCCCCGCAGCCCCACCCCAGCUCUCCAAUGGAGGGUGCCCUCCCCCGCCUCCUCCCCUGAAUGAUGAGGACUUAGACCUCUUCCCGCCUCCCCCACCACCCCCUUCGGCCUACCUGCCUCUCCCAGAAGAGGAGCCUCCUGCCUUGACCGGAACAUCGCUCAUUUCUGACUUGGAGCAACUGCACCUGCCCCCGCCCCCACCUCCGCCUCUAACACAGCCUCUUCCAAAGGAAUCUUCUGUCCGGCCUCGGCCCAGUGACCUCAGACCCUCGAAAGAGGAGCUACCCCCUCCUCCAGAAGAGCCUGUCACCUUUCCAGAGAGAGAGGCCUCCACAGAUGUCUGCGGCUUCUGUCACAAGCCUGUGUCCCCUCAAGAACUGGCUGUCGAGGCCAUGAAGAGGCAGUACCAUGCCCAGUGCUUCACCUGCCGCACCUGCCGCCGCCCGCUCGCUGGGCAGAGAUUCUAUCAGAAGGACGGGCGCCCCCUGUGCGAGCCCUGCUACGAGGACACUCUGGAGAAGUGCGGCAAGUGUGGAGAGGUGGUCCGAGACCACGUCAUCCGCGCCAUGGGCAAGGCCUUCCACCCACCCUGCUUUACCUGUGUUACCUGUGCCCGGUGCAUCGGGGAUGAGAGCUUCGCGUUGGACAACCAGAACCAGGUGUACUGCGUGACUGACUUCUACAGGAAAUUUGCCCCCGUGUGCAGCGUCUGUGAGAAUCCCAUCAUCCCUAGCGACGGGAAGGAUGCCUACAAAAUUGAGUGCAUGGGUAGGAACUUCCACGAAAACUGUUACCGUUGUGAGGACUGCAGUGUCCUCCUCUCUGUGGAGCCCACCGACCAAGGCUGCUACCCGCUGAAUGACCACCUCUUCUGCAAGCCUUGCCACAUCAAGCGGAGUGCUGCUGGGUGCCUCUGAGAAGCCCUGUGGCCGGCCCGGCCCUGACUUGGUUUCCCUGCCUAACUUCCCUGCAUCCGUUCCUUUCGAGCCUCGCUGGGCACCAGUGCACUGCUCAGCCCACGGUGUCUAGACACAAGGGCCCGAGACACAGGGUCUUGGCCUCCUAGUACACAGCACCCCCCAGACUUUCAACUCCUCCUCCGCUGACCAGAAGGCCCCUCACUACAAGACUGGGACCCUGGCCGCUCUCUGGUGCUGGCCCUGACCUAUUUGUGGGGACGGGUCUCAGGAUGGUGCCCUCGUCUUCUGACCAUGAUGCUUAGCUCCCUAGCAGGAAGUGCUGACACCAGCUCAGUGUAUUGAACCGAGGUGUUUGUUUGAAGUGUGCCUGCCCAGUUACUGUAGAAAGUGUAUUUUGAAAAUUAAGAAAUUUAUGUUGGGGCUGGACACAAAGCAGGAGGAUCUCUGUGAGUUCGAGGCCAGCCUGGUCUACCAGGUUAGUUUCAGGGCAGCCAAAGCUGCCCAACAAAACCCUGACUCGAAAAAAAUGAAAAGAAAGAGUGUAGCUUGGUGGCUGAGAGUACCUGCUGCUCUUGUGAAGGACCAGGGUUCACCUCCCAGCAUCUCCACGGAGCCUCCUAAGUGCUUGAUUUGUAACUCCAAUUCCAGGAGAUACAAUGCCCUCUACUGGCCUCUUCAGGCACUUGCAUGCAUGUGGUGCACAUAUACUCAAGCACAAACACAUACACACACUCACAAUAAAAAUCUGGAAUCAGGUGUAGUGACACGUGCCUUUAAUCCCAGUACUUGGGAGGCAAAGGCAGGCGAUCUCUGCAUUUGAAGGCAGCCAGGGCUACACAGAGAAAUGCUGUAUUUUUUUUUUAAUUAGCUGGGUUUGGCAGUUCACAUCUAUGAUCCUAGUGCUUGGGAGAACUACGCGAAGCUUGAGGCCCGCCAGGUCUUCAUAGAAUUCCAGAUCAACCUUGGCUUCAUUCAGAGACUGUGUCGAAAAGAAAAAAGAAACAUAAAUGUCUAGGAACUUGACAUAUUGGCCACCCCUCCUCCCUGCCUGUAGCACACAUGCUGAAGUAGGGAUGGGGUCGAGGAGCAGGAGGGUGGCCCGUAGCCCCCACUAGCUUACCGGCGCUCCUGGGUGCUCUAGUGAGUGGUCCGUGGACGCGGAUUAAGUGCCUUCGAUUUGCUAGGUAACAAGGGUGAGGCUGAGCCUCCUCCCUCCAGCCUUCACUGGGGCUGAGCCUGCACAGGCUCCUUCUCUUUCUUUCCAGGAUGAGCCCAGGGAAGGGCACACCCCUUUUGUCUCCCAUUUGUACCUCCCAGCGCCCACUUCAGGCCCUGCAGCGGGGCUACCCAUAACCACUGCCUCCAUGAGGCCACACUAGAGCGCUCUUCCUUUCAGAGAAAUUCACGUUAGGCCUGGCAAGAUGACUCAGCCAGUAAAGGUGUAUGCCACCAAGCCUGAGUUCUGUCCCUGGGACACUCAUGGAAGGAGAGAACCAUUUCCCAUAGGCUGUCCUCUGGUUUACACACACAUGCCGCGGGAUCACAUUUGCACACAUGUAUACACAAGUAAUAGAAAAUAUAAAACAGAAAAAGGAAAAGAAAUCACUUUGGGGCUUUGUAACGUCUAAGCUGCACAUAGAACAAAUUAAACAUGAUUUCCUUCCUUGCA